AUGACCGACAGCACAGGCAAGUCCAAGUACCAGCAGGUGUUAGUGCUGGAGAACAUGGUCAACAAGCUAGAGACCAUCCUGGAGUCCUUCGGAAGCAGGGAGAAGACAGUGAUGCAUAUCGUGGAGAUGCUCGAGACUAUUGUGAGCAGGCACUCACCCGAUAAUAAUGAGCUGAACGAGAUUAUCGACAUUCUAGUAGCUACGGAAGGUCUGGAGCGUUACAUUACGACUUUGAUGAGAUAUUCCCCAUCCUCGACUAUCCCAGGUCUCAGGGCUAGGGUUACAGCCUAUGAUGCCAAAAUCCUCAAAGCAGGGGCUGGCCUGCUCGUUGUGACUGGCUCCCACACCACUUCCGCCAGCCUCUCGGGAAUUUUCUUCUACCUCACAGGUGACCCAAGACGGCUAAUCAAGGUCCAAAAUGAAAUCCGGGGCAUACUCGAAUUGACCAAUGAUAUCAUUCACGGACCCAAGCUCGCGAGCUGCACCUAUCUCCGGGCCCGUGUUGAUGAAGCUAUGCGUUUAACCUCAUCAGGGCCAUCAGAGUUGCCACGGGAAGUAAUGCGCGGCGGGAUUCACAUUCAGGGCCAAUACUACCCGGCGGGAACGGUUGUGGGAACCUCGUCGUGGUGCGAUGCGCGCAAUCAACGGGUAUACGGCGACACUGAUGUGUACCGUCCCGAACGCUGGAUAGUUGAUGAGGCCGAGGGUGUAACCAAGGAGCAUGUUGCUCGCCUGAAAGCCAACUUUAAUCCUUUCGGCGCCGGGCCUGGUCAUUGCAUUGGAAAUGUCUUUGCCAUGUCUGAGAUACUGAUCGCGGUCGCCCGAACACUACACCGGCUCGGGGUUCGACGAACUCCAGGAUCUAUGCUUGGCGCUGGCCACCCGUCACUAGGAUGGGGAGCACGGAGCCCUCAGCAGUUGCAUCUGAAGGACGCGUAUAUUACCAUUCGGCACGGCCCAGAAGUUCAGUUUCGGAAGAGAACGACGGGUUCCUUGGGAGAGUAA